CCACCCCCGCCUACCCCUCUCGCGGGCUGAGCGGCUUUGGCCUUUUUUGGGCGUCUCCCUGCUCCGCGGCCCGGGCUGGCGGGCGGGUGCUCGGCUGGCGGCAGAGGGAGACCCGCGGCUACCCCGGGCUCGGCGUCGCUGCCACCAUGACGGGAAGCAACAUGUCGGACGCCUUGGCCAAUGCCGUGUGCCAGCGUUGCCAGGCCCGCUUCGCCCCAGCUGAGCGCAUUGUCAACAGCAAUGGGGAGCUGUACCAUGAGCACUGCUUCGUGUGUGCCCAGUGCUUCCGGCCCUUCCCCGAGGGGCUCUUCUAUGAGUUUGAAGGCCGGAAGUACUGUGAACACGACUUCCAAAUGCUGUUUGCUCCGUGCUGCGGAUCCUGCGGUGAGUUCAUCAUUGGCCGCGUCAUCAAGGCCAUGAACAACAACUGGCACCCGGGCUGCUUCCGCUGCGAGCUGUGCGAUGUGGAGCUGGCUGACCUGGGCUUUGUGAAGAAUGCCGGCAGGCAUCUCUGCCGGCCUUGCCACAACCGUGAGAAGGCCAAGGGCCUGGGCAAGUACAUCUGCCAGCGGUGCCACCUGGUCAUCGACGAGCAGCCCCUCAUGUUCAGGAGCGACGCCUACCACCCUGACCACUUCAACUGCACCCACUGUGGGAAGGAGCUGACGGCUGAGGCCCGUGAGCUGAAGGGCGAGCUCUACUGCCUGCCCUGCCAUGACAAGAUGGGCGUCCCCAUCUGCGGUGCCUGCCGCCGGCCCAUUGAGGGCCGAGUGGUCAACGCGCUGGGCAAGCAGUGGCACGUGGAGCACUUUGUCUGCGCCAAGUGUGAGAAGCCAUUUCUGGGGCACCGGCACUAUGAGAAGAAGGGCCUGGCCUACUGUGAGACUCACUACAACCAGCUCUUCGGGGACGUCUGCUACAACUGCAGCCAUGUGAUCGAAGGCGAUGUGGUGUCGGCCCUCAACAAGGCCUGGUGUGUGAGUUGCUUCUCCUGCUCCACCUGCAACAGCAAGCUCACCCUGAAGAACAAGUUUGUGGAGUUCGACAUGAAGCCCGUGUGUAAGAGGUGCUAUGAGAAGUUCCCGCUGGAGCUGAAGAAGCGGCUGAAGAAGCUGUCGGAGCUGACCUCCCGCAAGGCACAGCCCAAGGCCGCGGACCUCAACUCUGCCUGAAGGCCCUCUUGCGCGGCCGCCUCUCGGCCCCUCUGCCUUCUCCCCUCCCGCUGUCCAUGCUCGGCCCCCUCGGCCCCGUCCACCUGCGCCCUCCGCACCUUACCCUCCCUUCCUGUUCCCUCAUCUCUGCCUUCCCCAUGUCUCCUCUCCUUGGCUGUGGCUUCCCUCUGUGAGGAGGCAGGAGCUAGGAAGUGGGAGUGGGAGCCUGUGACCCCACGUCUGACAGCCACAGCUGCCUGUGCCCACAGCUUCCACCCACAGACCUCCAGGGACAGGAGCAAAUUGCACCACAGUUCCCCUCCUGGCCCAGGCUGGCCCUCCCCAGGUGGCUCGGUGGCUUGUGCUGUCCUGUGACAGCCCCUGCCCCAGAGCAGCCCCACUAAGUGCAUGUGGCUCCUGGGCCACCCACAGCCAGAGCGGCCUGCUGGAGCCACAGGGCCAGGGCCACGCAGAUGGAGGCCUCUAGGAGCCACCUGCAAUCCCUCUCCACUCAUUCAACCAGUGGCACAGUGUCCCUCUGCCCACACUGAGCCAGCAAGUCCUGCUGUCCACACCACAAGCUCCCUGGAGGGACAGGACCCACCUUCAUCCCUCGGAAGGCCUUCUUGGAGUCCCACCUUGGCCACCCCCGCACCCAGCUUGGGGCUUGUGUUGAGCCUUUGGGUUGGGCCAGGGUCCAGGAGGUGGUGGGGUUGGAGGUAGCUUGUUAGCACCGCCAGGGAGGACACUUCCUCUGCGGCCGGCGCAGACCCGGUGCGGGGCUCACGCUUGCACAAUGAAGGCGUGUUCACACGA